UUUGACCGUUCUUUUUUUCGACUUUCAAUCUUUUUUUUUUUCCGCUCUCUCCCGCGUUUCCUUUUCAUUCAAAUCUCCUCUGCGUUUUAUCACAGUUUUGCAACAGCAACGCUCGUCAACCAUGACGCUGACCGAGUUCAACCCGAACGAGAUGCCAUACACGGCAGAGUGGGUGGUGAUUGGAAUAGCAAUUGUGAAUUUCAUCGUCAACGCUUCGGUGGCGGCCUAUCUCCUCUACUGGCGCAACUGGCCUCCCAUCCGCGCCAAGCAACUAGAUCUCUUCCUUCUCUCGGCCUUUGCUGGCUGGAGCUGGCUUCUCGGUGCAAUGAGUGUGAUGCGUCUCAUUCCUCAAGUAGGAGCCAUGCUCGCGUGCAACUUUUGGACCUUUUGGUACCAGUUCCUAUUUGGCUCGCUUCUCUGGAUUGUGUGCAUCAUCAUGCGCAUGUACCGGCUUUAUGUCAUCCUGGUUGCCUCGCGCAUGCGCAUGUCCAUUGCCAAGAAUCCACGGUUGUGGAUUUACAUUCGACUCGUCGCACUUUGCAUCCCCUACAUUACUUUCGCCAUCAUUGCGACGGCUGUCGAUGCAAACGGCGCGAAACCACAGCCCACUACAGACGGAUACAUGCAAGAAUUGUGCAGUUUGCGAUCAUGGGCACUUUACGUCCUCUUCAUGCUGACCACAUGCUACCUUGCCGUUUGCGCUUUUUUCAUUUACAAGUUGCGAAACAUUCGCAAGUUCUUGAACGAGUACCGCGAAUCCAAGAUUGCCUUUGGUUGCAUCGUCUUCCUCUUCAUCGUCUACAUUGUCAUUCACGUUGGCUCGUACCAGCGACAAGUGUGGGGCCGCGUUCUGGCGACCUGCCUAAUCCUGGUGACCAUCAACGUGGCCUACUGGGUUUUCGUCGGUCGUAUCGUUUACGGGCGAUGGUUCAACCCAGAAGAGUUCCUUGCCGAAUUCCAGGCCACAAAAGACUACGAAUACAACUCGACCAGCAAGCAGUCCAAGUCCAAAGGAACAAAAUCGGUCAAAUCCAACCCGGACACAAGCCGAUCAUCCACCGAGCAAAAGUCAAACGUUGAAAACCAAUCAGAAUUCGAGAUUCGAGCAGAAGGUGGCACGUUUGCCCUCACCACCAUGGAGGAGGUCGAAAUUCCGGACGACGCGGCCGCCACGGAAACAGUUGCAGCUGCUGAAGCCUAGACAAACCAAACCUUGUACAUUUUUUUCCAACAGCUGCGUUUCACGAUGAGAAUGUCUAUUACAAAUUGUCGUUGCGUUUUCGUUUGUUUGGGGGGGGGGGUGAGGAAAGAUCAGAAUUGCUGGUGAUUUUGGUUUCCUUUUGUCUGUUUGUUUUCGAUUUGUGUGUGUCUUGGUUGUUUGUUCGGUUGGUUGCUCCGGGUUAAUUUUGCUUCUGAGUUGUUUCG